AUAUUACAAAAAAUAUAGGGGAACAAAAUCAGCGAAUAGGUGAAUUCAUGUAAUAAUAAUGAAAACAAUAAAAAUACAGUAUGUGUCCUUUAUAUUUGACAAUCAAUAUUUUGUCACAGUCAAACAGUAUGGGAUUUUCUCAUUACAUUUUAUCAAUAUUAUGUUUAGGGUUUAUAAAUGAAUAUGUAUAUAAAAUGAUCAUGAGGAUGAUGAUUGUAAAAAUAAUAACCAAUUCUAUAUUGCGUGAAUGGAUCAGUUUACCACCGAUUCCAUCAGACCCGCACGGAAAUUCUCCAGGUCAGAAAUGCAUGAAAUUGCUCUCGUCAAGCGUGGACAGCAACAGAAUCUCUUUGCACUCAAACCAGCUUUUUUUUUUCCUUUUUUUUUUUUUUUUGAAAGAGACAACACGCUCAAAGGUGAAUUGUGUUUGUGGUCAUUGUUGAUUCCACGGAGGGCCUUUUUCGCAGUUCCAGAUAAAGCUCUAUUAUCAUCUGGCACUGACACAGCACAUCCAGCACACAAACCUGCAGUUUACCUGCGCGUUCCGUGUCACGCAACACACGGAUCCCACCCUGGCUGGAGGUUGCUCAUGCGUGUGCUCAAAAGUGGAGGUAAGAGGAUGAUGUACUGGGCCCGUGGGGAGGGUAUCACGCCCAGUAUUAUUUCCAUUUACAGCAGAAAUAAUCGUCCACGUGAUGAAGACUGUGGGUCUGCUGUGCGUGGUGGGACUGUGUGCGUUAAACGCAGCGUUUUCCAUGAAGAUCUGCGCUUUUAAUGUUCAGAGCUUUGGAGAAUCCAAGGCAAACAACAAGAAAGUGAUGGGGAUUCUACUGAAGAUUAUUUCCCGAUGCGACCUGUGUCUCAUUCAGGAGGUCCGCGACUCUAAGGGACGAGCAAUACAAACCUUGUUGAAAGAUCUUAACAGGUUUGACAAAUCCAACUCGUAUUCCUAUGUAGAAAGUGAGAGACUGGGAAGGAAACGCUACAAGGAACAGUACGUCUACAUUUACAGAAACAACGUGUUGAAGGUGAAGGAGCAGUAUCAGUAUCCUAAGCUCGAGGCGCAGGGCACCAAUGACACAGAUGUGUUCUCCAGGGAGCCUUUCAUUGUUCGCUUUCACUCCCCGACCACUCUCACGAAGGAUCUCGUCCUCAUUGGCCAGCAUACCAGUCCCAAACGUGCCAUGAAGGAGAUGGACGAGCUGUAUAUUGUGUUCACAGAAAUCAACCGGAAGUGGAGGACAGAGAAUGUGAUGAUCUUGGGCGACCUGAACGCCGCCUGCGGCUACGUCACCAUCAAGGGAUGGCGAGCUGUUCGCCUGAGAAGCGACCCCAAAUUUCGGUGGCUGAUCAGAGAUGAGCAGGACACGACCGUACGGGAGAAGACGCAUUGUGCGUAUGACAGGAUCAUCGUCCAUGGACGUGAAAUUUUUUCCACCAUAGUGCCCGGCUCUGCUCAGCCAUUCAACUUUAAAGAGAUUUUCCAUCUGACAGAGGAGGAGGCCCUUGCAGUGAGUGACCAUUUCCCCGUCGAGGUCGACCUGAAGCCAAACCACCAUUACCUCCUGCGCAGUGAGCUGUAGCCCGAGAGCUUCUUGGGAUGAGCUGCACUUUUUUAUUUUUGCCUAUUUAAUUAAUCAAAAACACUAUUCAGAGUGUGCCAUUCCAACGGUUACAUUAAAUGUACAUUCUUGCUUAAUGACAUGACUCUUGCUCCUCUGCUGUCAAUCAAACAUGGAUUGCUGUCACACUUAUAAUUGUGUGUGGGUGUUGUCAUGAAAAACCACCAAACGGGUAUCACAACACUCCUUUUGUCCAUUCUUGGAGCAGAAAACUCAAAUGAAAAUAUUGUAUAUGUGUUUCAUCACUUAUCCUCUCCAGUUCAAAUUAUAUGCAUCAUUCACAGUGAUUUACAAUUUUAUACCGUAUGUAUGAUGAUAAGAUAAGUUAAGAUAACUUAUUUGCCUCACAAUGGAGAAAUUCCCAAUUUACAGCAGCAAAAUUAUGAAAGGAAGAAGUAGA